UCGACACAAAAAUAUAGACACAGAAACACACACCCCUCUCUCUAGAAGCCAUGACGAGCCCUUCUGCUUCUUCUCGCAAGACGCUAAGCAAGAUCGCAACGAAUCGUCUCCAGAAAGAGCUAAUGGAAUGGCAGGUCAAUCCACCUGCUGGAUUCAAACACAAAGUCACUGAUAAUCUCCAAAGAUGGGUCAUUGAGGUCAACGGUGCACCGGGGACUCUGUAUGCUAAUGAAACUUUCCAACUGCAAGUUGAUUUUCCUGAGCAUUACCCUAUGGAAGCGCCACAGGUUAUUUUUAUUCCUCCAGCUCCACUUCAUCCGCACAUUUAUAGCAAUGGUCAUAUUUGUUUAGAUAUCUUGUAUGAUUCAUGGUCCCCUGCCAUGACUGUCAGUUCUGUAUGCAUAAGCAUUGUCUCCAUGUUAUCAAGCUCCACUUCCAAGCAACGACCGGCUGAUGAUGAACGCUACGUGAAGAACUGUAGAAACGGGAGAUCUCCAAAGGAGACGAGAUGGUGGUUCCACGACGAUAAAGUAUAACGAGUAAAGUGUGUAGAAGGAGUCUUUGAUUUGGGUUUAGAAAGGAUGUGGUUCCCUUUCCUUCAAAACUCUACAUUUUAUUUAAAACAGUGUCUAACUUAAGCACGUGGCUCCAUAGAAGAUUGAGUAAUGAAUGAAUGAAUGCCACCUUAUGUACUUUGUAAAGUGGAUUACAUCUGAAAAUGCAACCUGAGGAAGUUUCACACUA